AUGCCUUUGAUCCCCGUGCCUCCAACGAGGGCCGUGGAAUUUAUCUACGCGAAUGACCCCCCCAUGCUUUAUGACACAGAUGAUGCUACUACUGCUCAUUGUGCUAGAUGCCGCUCGAAUCUGUUCCUCGGUACUCAAAAAUGGAUCACCCUUUUCCCGAACACUGGGAGGCCAAUGACUAUCUUUGCAUUGUUCGAGCUUGAAUAUGCAGAGGAAAAGGUCUGCUGCUUCCGUUGCGGUGAUGAGAUUGGUUUUCGAUCCCCCGUCGAUGGACAUCCUGGAAAAUACGAUUACAUAUGGACAUGUUCAAAGAUUCAGUUGAAGGAUGUAUAUCACAAAAUGGAUGUUUCGCCUUUAUUUGGCGAAGAGAAUGAGGAUGAAGGUUUGAGGGUUCGUGGGCUGUCAAAGUGUCAGCUGCCAAGUGGCCUUGUAGAGCCGCCGGCCCCUGCCUCCAAGACUCCAAUUCCUAGUGAGAGGAAGCUGCUCGGGGCGACGACUCCAGAGAUAAAUGUUUCUGCUACGGUGACUGAGCUUUGCCAGACAGUCCGAGAAUUACAGAGCCAAAUUAGGCUAUUCUCAGCAGCACCGUCUCAGACAAGCACUGGCAAGCCUGAUUCAUUUGAGCUGGUUGCAAUUGCUCUGAAAGAGCUGCAAUUCAAAACCGCAGAGGUUGCCAAGCUUACAUCUGAAAAUGUUGCUUUGAGCUUGAGGAUUAAAGACCUGGAAGAAAGACUGAAUAUGGGAAAUGUGAAGCCAACCAUUCCUCCCAAUGCGCCUCCUCGCGCUGGGACUGAGGUCGCUUCUCAUGGAUCUCUAGGCCAUAGCCUCCUUCCUCAGCCGUUGCAAACUAGCAACAGCUUGAAUGAGAGUAGGAAUGGUUCACAUAUGCCCAAUAAUCCUGCCCUAGAAAUCGGGACCGUCAGUGUCGCUGAUGCGAAAGGGGCUCAGCAAUCACAUGAGUUGCAUGUUAAUGCCGUAGAACGGCGUGAAGGCGAUGACGGAAUCGGAGGCCAGCAAGUAAGUGCCGGUAAUCCCAAUCAGGAAAACGGCCAACCGAUGCAUCCUGUGAACCACGCUGCCCACCAGAGAGAAACUGAGCAGGCCGCGAACCCACCUGAUGUUGGUUAUAUCGGGCGGAGAAAGCGAGCUGCAGAGAAGCGUGAAUCCCAAGCUACGCGGGGCAGAGGAUCUAAAAAACAGCGCUUAGAGCCGCAAUCUCCUAAAAGAGGAGCGAAAGUUCCCAAAGGCCCAAGCCGGCGUCCUCCUAAACCUUCGGGAAAUGUAGCUCCGCCCGUACCAGGACUGUCGCAACCUCAGUAUCAGGUUGGCGUUGCCAAGGGCCCAGAUGAUUACCUGCCACCAGAUUCCCGUUAUCACACCAACGAGAGGAUCAGGCCUAUCGCUACUGGCCCACGCGGAGGUCGCGGCGCGAAAAGCAGUAGAGGAGGCUUUCGCGGUUCGUCUCAGGUCCAUAUUGCUACAUUUCCCAAUGCUGCUCCUCCAGGCUUCCCCCAGAGGGUUAAACCAACCCAUCUCCGCUUCCACAAAGACAAUGAAAACUCCGGUUCACCGCACGGGGACAGGGAGCGACUGGAUGACGGUAGAGAUGAUUAUUCUUUCAGUAAUAGCCGUUUCUCUUUUGGGUCAAGACAGCUCCAGCAACAAGGGUCGAUUUCUGCCCACACCAGGGAAACACAGCCCCCGCUCCAGCCUACUCAUUCCCCGGUUACGGUGAAGCGGGAACCGGAUAGCCUCCCUGACUUCCAUCCAACCCGCAAUACAGAGCUAGGCGAGCCCGCCCCUCAUGCACGCCGGCCACAUAUGACUGCGCAGGACAUUAUGUCGCGGGCAGCAGUGCAGAGAGAGGAUGUAAUGCAACCGGGGGCUCUUUGA